GCAAAAGCAAAUAAGUAAUUUGCCAAGAGAGAAAGGCCACUAUCUUAACCAAAAUAACCAAAUUUUUAUGGAGUCACAAAAUAUAAUCACAGUUGAAUCGCAAGAGGAAUGGACAGAAGAUGAACUAGUAGAAUUCGAGAGAUAUACACUGGGACCUCAAGAACAACAAUGUGAAGGCAAAAAAAAAAUAAAUGAUGAAGAGAACACAAAAGGAAUUAAAAAACUUGAAACAUUUUUUCAACCGAGUUCAUUAACAACUUCUCAACUAAUUUGUCAAGAAUCUUACAUUUCAGAAUCUUUAUCAUUAUACCUCUCUCCAAUUAUUAUACCAGAUUCAUCUUUGUGGUCGACUGAAAAUUUACGUAUCCGUUUAGAAGAACUUAACCAACGAUACUCGAUAGGAAAAUCUGUGAAGGAGAACA